UUCACCGGAAGUAACACACAGGACCAUCAACACAGGAGUAAACAGUUGCGCUUUUUUCAGUUUAUGUAAGAAAAUCUCAAUAACAAUGAAAUGAGACAGUAUUGGCAAGCCUUCGGUCAGAUGUCAUGGCCAGUCUGUGAUGUUUACGAGUGGAAUACGCACGCGUAAAGUCUGUUACUUUGCAGGCAGGCAUCCAUGUCCCACCAUGGAGAGGAGAAAAUAACCCCAAAAAGAAGUAAAAGACGACGUUGCAUUGCUGAGGAAUCUUCAGUCUCGACCUCCGACUGUAGGUCGGCACAUCCGGAGAAGAACCGGAGAGUGUCAGAGGGGUGAAAGAUUGGAUCGCAGAAUGGCGUUUCUCGACAACCCCAGCAUUAUCCUGGCCCACAUCCGGCAGUCCCACGUGACCAGCGAUGACACUGGGAUGUGUGAAAUGGUCCUGAUCGAUCACGACGUGGAUCUAGAGAAAUGCCAUUCGUCUGCAGCGUCCUUUGGUGGAGGGUCAUCGGGGGGUUCAGUUGGAGAUGGCAGCAUCGGAGACGGCCAGACCUAUGACCUCUCUCAGUCUGUUGACAUCACUUCCAGUUGGGACUUUGGCAUUCGACGGCGCUCUAACACAGCUCAACGUCUGGAGCGCUUGAGGAAAGAACGGCAGAAUCAAAUCAAGUGUAAAAACAUCCAGUGGAAGGAGAGAAGCUCGUCUCAGUCAGCAGAGGAUUUGAGCUCGCUGUUUGAGAAAAAGGACUUUAAGGAACGGCAACGGAACAAGGGCAGUAAAUCCAUGCUCUCGCUGCGACUCGAACAGUGUCCCCAACAGCUCAACAACCCCUUUAAUGAAUACUCCAAAUUCGAUGGCAAGGGCCACGUUGGUACAACGGCAACCAAAAAAAUUGACGUCUACCUCUCAAUGCAGUCCACCCAAGAAAAGCUUCACCCCAUGACGGUGGUCACCAUGGCCAACGCUCGCGUCCACGAUCUCAUUGGGCUCAUCUGCUGGCAGUACACCGGCGAGGGUCGGGAACCCAAGCUUACAGAAAACGUCAACACCUACUGCCUGCACAUCGCUGAGGAUGAUGGAGAGGUGGACACAGACUUCCCUCCGCUGGAUUCCAAUGAACCCAUCCACAAGUUUGGCUUUAGCACCCUGGCACUGGUUGAGAAGUACUCGUCCCCUGGAUUGGGACCCAAGCAGUCGCUCUUUGUUCGAAUAAACGCUGCCCAUGGCUUCUCUCUGAUCCCGGUGGACAGUCUUAAAGUGACCAUGAAGGAAGUUCUUCAAAAGGCUCUUAAGAAGAGAAAGGGCUCCCAGAAAGGUUCAGGUCCCAUGUACCGUCUGGAGAAGCAGACAGAACCGAACGUGGCGGUGGAUCUGGACAGCACGCUGGAGAAUCAAAACACACUCGAGUUCUGCUUGGUCCGGGAAAACAGUUCUCGAGGUGAGGAGAGCUCAGAAGAGGAUCCACCCAUAGACAUCACUACAGUACAGGACAUGUUGAGCAGUCACCACUACAAGUCCUUCAAGAUCAGCAUGAUCCACAAACUGCGCUUCACCACUGACGUUCAGCUAGGAAUAUCCGGAGAGAAGGUGGAAAUCGACCCCGUCACCAAUCAGAAGACCAGCACAAAGUUCUGGAUCAGACAGAAGCCCAUCUCCAUCGACUCAGACCUGCUGUGUGCCUGCGACCUGGUGGAGGAGAAGAGUCCAAGUCAUGCAGUAUUCAAGCUCACAUAUCUAAGCAACCACGACUACAAGGCGCUGUACUUUGAGUCUGAUGCUGCUACAGUCAAUGAGAUUGUGCUUAAGGUGAACUACAUCCUGGAGUCUCGUGCCAGCACUUCACGGGCGGAUUAUUUUGCGCAGAAGCAGCGCAAACUCAACCGCCGCACUAGCUUCAGUUUCCAGAAAGACAAGAAGUCGGGCCAGUAGCCUAACCGACCCGCUGUCUGAACCAAUCAGAGAGUGUGAUGUGCCUACCAGAAGAAAGGGCAAAAAGAUGGAAAACCAGGGAUGAAAAUGAAGCACAGAUGAAUGGAGAGAGGAAGCUAAAACAGAGGUAGGAAGGAAGAGAAAGACAUGUUGAUGAAAGAAUAUGAGACAGAAUUAAGAGAGAAACUAUCGGACAUCGUUGACUUGUCCGGCUGGAGUUUUUAGCCUCCGAUUUUUCCUAAUCAUAUCAGAGCACUAACGCUCGAGAAUGUACUAGCGAAACCAACCAACAAUCCAACUGACUGAACCAUUAUUGUUAACAUUCGAUGCCACAGCCAUUGAGUCGGAUUCUGGAGCCCAGAACUGCUAACUUUACAAGCUGCUGUCAGUUUUAAAGACUUCUUUCCACUGCCUACAAAAACCAACUCGCAGGAGGAUAUCACAAGCCUACAGAGCAAAUAAACUCUAUUAGCUACUCCCAUAUAUACCUGCCGUUUCAAGGUUGUUAACUUAAAACGCUUUGUACGCUGUAAACGCAUUGCUUUACUUUUUUUUUUUUUUAAGUAAAAA